AUGGGCUGCAGCAGGGCGUAUCCAUCGCUGCUGUUGCUGCUUCCGGUUGUUCCAACCGCAGCAGCAGCUGCAGCAGCAGCAGCAGCAGCAGCAGCAGCAGGAGCUGCAGCAGCAGCAGAACCAUUGACUCUUACAGACGCGAGCUUGCAGGACCUCACAGCCACGUCUUGGGGAGACAGCCGCGCGAGGGAGGAUUUGGGGGUUUCUUCUGUGGGUACUUCUGACUAUGCAGCUCUGAAUGAAGAGAGCCUGCAGCAGCAGCAGCAGCAGCAGCAGCAGCAGCUGCUGCUGCAGCAUGAGGAUGAGCAGCAAUAUGAGCAACUGCAGCAGCAGCAGCAGCAGAAACAACAAGACAACAAAACUUCUAUAGACGAUAGUAACCCGAUGUUUAUACAGCUCCCCCCAGAACUAAACAACAGCACAUACAGUAAACCACUGCAUGCAGCAGAUGGGGCUGGCAUUGACCCUUCAUCUCGCCCGCGCCCUCUUAAGAGGUUUAUGUUGCUGCUUGCAAUAUUAGGUUUUGGUGCAGCAAUGUAUUUUCGUGGUGUAGCAGCAGGCCAGAAGGCUUUACUCGACGCAGUACAAACAGGGGUAGGGUUGGGGGCCCCUGGGGCCCCAGGGGCCCCCAUAGCUGCCCUGGGGGGGGGGCCCCCAAGCCAAAAAGGAGAGAUUGCGAGGGCCCAAGCCCUCGCUAAGAAAUAUGAUCUGAAGGGCCUCCAUAGAAUACAAGAUGCAGCUGAAAGUUUAUCUUUUUUUUUGCGUUCUGCCGGCAUGGAGAGAGAAGUAUUAAUAUUAAUAGAGAAAGCAAAUACAAUAGAAAAAGAUAUAAAUUAUUUAUCGGGUUUAGAUCCUUUAUACUAUCAGCAGCAGUUGCUGCAGCAACUGCAGCAACAAAGAGAAGAACAAAAACAGCAGCAAGAGGUUGCACAUAGACUGCUACAUGAUAGCAUGCAGCAGCUGCUGCAGCUCACCAAAACUAUACAAGCCAAUGCAUGCUGCUUUGCUGCACAGAGAAGCAACGAGAUUAUGCGGUAUGAGGGUUUUUUAAAUAGUGCAUAUGAGGCCUCAUUGGUGGUGAGUAGAGAAGAAAGAGAAAAAAAAAACUUUAUAAGUGUGCAGCAGCAGCUGCUGCUGCACUCUGCUGCUGCAGCACAACAAACUGUGCUGCUGCAGCAGGCAAGAGCUCAGCUGCAGCAACUAAGAAAACAACCUCUAGAUACUAUCACGGAUAUUGCUGCUAUGCUGCAGGCUUGUGCUGCAGCAGCAAAGCAGGUACAUACAGCAGCAGAAACAGCAAGCAGCCACGCCAAUGAAGGAAUGGAGCUGCUAGAGGUACUAACUGACCAUAUAGGUGAUGUGCUGCAGGAGAUGCAGAGACAGACAGAUACACUGCGUCUAUCGGAGGCAGCAGCAGAGAUGGCGAGGCCCUAUAUGACGCAGCAGGAGCAGCAGCAGCUGCUGCAUGCACGCGAGUGUAUAGACACCGCAAUAGAAGAAAUACAAACCCUCAAAGAUAUACGAACCACCGUAAACCCUUACACACCGGGGCCCCUCACCGAGGCGCUGCAGGAGCUGCGCGGCAGAACAAAGGCACUGCAGCAGGAGCUUAAUAACCUAGAGAAUGCAGCAGCAGAUGUAGCAGCAGAUGCAGCAGCAGAUGCAGCAGCAGAUGAAGCAGCAGAUGAAGCAGGAGGUGGGGCGGGAGAUGCAGCAGCAGAUGCAGCAGCAGAUGCAGCAGCAGAUGCAGCAGCAGAUGCAGCAGCAGAUGCAGCACAGCAGGAGCUGCAGCAGGAGAUGCAGCAGGAGCUGCAGCAGGAGAUGCAGCAGGAGCUGCAGCAGGAGCUGCAGCAGGAGCUGCAGCAGGAGAUGCAGCAGGAGCAGCAACAGGAGCAGCAGGGACAGGAGCUGCAGCAACAGCAGGGCGAGGGGCAGCAGUUGCUGCAGUAG